AAACUCAAAACGCAACAACCAAGUUCAAUUCCAUUCCUUUUCUUUUCUUUUCUUCUCUUCUCUUCUCUUCAUAUCUUUAUUCUUUGUUUUUUCUUUUCUUUUAUGGAAUCCUCUCAUCGGUCGUCCAUUAUCGUAAUCGGAGCCGGCGUCUCCGGUUUAUCAGCGGCGAAGGUCUUGGCCGAGAAUGGAAUUGGGGAUUUGUUGAUCUUGGAAGCAUCUGAUAGAAUUGGCGGUAGGAUCCGGAAAGAGAAGUUCGGAGACGUCUCAGUGGAGCUGGGAGCGGGUUGGAUUGCCGGUGUAGGUGGCAAAGAGUCCAAUCCGGUUUGGGAGAUAGCCGCGAAAUUAGGCAUCCGGACCUGCUUCUCUGACUACAGCAAUGCUCGCUUUAACAUCUACGAUCGGAGCGGGAAGAUAUUUCCGAGUGGAAUCGCCGCCGACUCGUACAAGAAAGCGGUGGACUCUGCUAUUCAGAAACUAAAGGGCGUCGAGUCAAACAGUGUUGAAGAUGCCACCAAUAGAACCGACUUUUCUUUAACACCGAAGACUCCAAUAGAGCUCGCAAUUGACUUUAUCUUGCACGAUUUUGAGAUGGCAGAGGUAGAGCCGAUAUCAACAUACGUAGAUUUUGGGGAAAGAGAGCUUUUGGUGGCAGAUGAAAGAGGUUAUGAGUAUUUACUGUAUAAAAUGGCUGAGGAAUUUCUAUUUACCUCGGAGGGGAAAAUCCUGGACAAUCGCCUUAAACUCAACAAGGUUGACAGAGAAUUACAGCAAUCGAGAAACGGCGUCACGGUGAAAACAGAGGAUGGUUGCUUUUACGAAGCUGACUACGUGAUUUUGUCUGCUAGCAUUGGUGUUCUCCAAAGCGACCUCAUUUCCUUCAGGCCACCCUUGCCCAGGUGGAAAACAGAAGCCAUUGAGAAAUGUGAGGUGAUGGUGUAUACAAAGAUCUUCCUCAAGUUUCCGUAUAAGUUCUGGCCUUGCGGGCCUGGAAAGGAGUUCUUCAUAUAUGCUCACGAGAGAAGAGGCUAUUACACAUUUUGGCAGCACAUGGAGAACGCAUACCCUGGUUCAAAUAUUUUGGUCGUAACAUUGACGAAUGAUGAAUCAAAACGUGUUGAAUCUCAAUCCGAUGAAGAGACGUUGAAGGAAGCAAUGGUUGUUCUUAGAGACAUGUUCGGGCCCAAAAUACCCGAUGCCACUGAUGUACUUGUUCCCCGCUGGUGGAAUAACAGGUUCCAGCGUUGCAGUUACAGCAACUACCCUAUGAUCUCUAAUAACCAAGUAAUUAGUGACAUUAAGGCCCCAGUAGGACGCAUAUUCUUUACUGGUGAACACACAAGUGAAAGAUUCAAUGACUAUGUGCACGGUGGACACCUUGCAGGUAUCGACACAGGGGAAACUGUACUGGAAGAGAUAAGGAAGGAUGAAAUACGGAACGAAAACUUCCUGCUAGAGCCCUUGCUAGCAUUAACAUUAACUCAGGCGGAUGCAGUCUCACGUCUCCAUAAAUGUGACGUUCCCACACAAUUGUAUCUAAGCAGCAAGCUCGGCAUUCCCGAAGCAAUAUUAUGACUAUAUGGACCGGACUUUGACAGCUCAACGAUGCCGAAUCGUGAAGGAUGGUUUGCAGCCAAAUGUAGAUCAGCCCUUUACAAUCCACGAGGUGAAAUUAAAGAAAAAGUAUGCCUAAAGUGGGUAUUGCAUGCCAAAUUUGUAUCGAUGGAUGGGAGUGGGAAAUGAGGGCAAAAAUGAAAUCACAUGUCGUAGUGGGAAUCAAUAGAUGAAGGAAAUGAAAGCCAAAAUGA